UAUUUCUCAAUUUAUGUGAAAUUUUUUUAUAAAUAAUCAUCAACAUUUUAUUUCAUAGCAUUUAAUUAAUUUAAAAAUAAAUAUAAAAAUGCAACGCGAAGAAAAACAACUAGAAAUGACCCUGGACGCUGUCCUAAAUCGAUUGAAUGAUUUAAAGAAUUCAAUUGGUUCUAUGAUACAUAAAAUAGAAACCGAAUACGAAACAAUAAAUUGGCCAACAUUUCUUGAUAAUUUUGCUCUUAUUUCAAGUCAUUUAACAGGGCUCUCGAAGAUCCUGUCUAAAGAACUUGGACCUCCGCUUCGCAAUCGAACAGUUUUGCCCUUGAUGUUGUCUCCCGAAAGAGACGAAGCCCUAUGGAAUCUCACAGAAGGUCGUGUUCCAGUGUUUUCUCAUGAUAUCGUUCCGAAUUACUUAAGAACUAAACCCGAUCCAGCUGCCGAACAGAAAAUGAUACAAAACGAACAAAAGGCAGCCAAUCUUUCGUUGGAAACAGCAAUGAAGCAGGUUGCUCAGUACAAUAAAGUAGUCACGCAUGUCUUAGAAAUGGUCAGCAAAUCCCGAGAAGAAUGGGAAAUUGAAUCAUCUUCUCGAGCAGGAAUUCAACAAACAAGCAGUAACGCCGACACUCAUUUACUCGUACAAGCUGUUGGAAUGGGAAAAGGUCUAAAGACAGCAAUGCAGUUGUCUGGACCUGGUUCAGCUGCGGGUGGCAUGAUGGUACCACCUGCAAUCCGUCAACCAACACCAAUGAGCUCAGUCAGUCCGUCGGGUGUAAAUCAACUUGGCAAAGCACCUUCAGCUAUAAAGACAAACAUCAAGUCGGCCAAUCAAAUACAUCCUUUCGGAAGAUAAUUUGAAAAUACAAUGAUUUUUUUAAUUUGUACAGUAGCUUAGAGUAUAAGACUAAAUUUUGUGUGAGAAAUGAAUUAUAUUUGAUAGUAAGAGCUUUGAAAAUAAAUUUAAGAGCGCGUGAUUCUAAUUUCAAAACAA